AUGGCCGCCCUUCUCCUCUCCUCUCGCCUCCCCACCAGCACGGCCACCGCCUCCAUCGCAGCUCCCCGCCCCACACCGUGCUCCCUCUCCUGUCCCCUCACAGCCGCCAAGGCUUGCCGCCGCGGGGGCUGUAUCCUCGCCUCCUCCGCGACGUCACCACCGAGGGCCUCCCCGGCCGCGGCCCAGCCUUUCCGUUCCCUGCCCCCCUCCGAGACCACCAUCGUCGUCACGGGCGCCAUGGGCUACAUCGGCCGCUUUGUCGUCCGCGAGCUGCUCCGCCGCGGCCACCCCGUCGUCGCCGUCACCCGGCCCCGCAGCGGCAUCCGCGGCAAAAACUCCCGUGAGGAGGUUGUCUCCGACCUCGCCCCCGCCCGCGUCGUCUUCUCCGAUGUCACCGACCCAGGCGCCCUCCUCGCAGACCUCUCGGGAUAUUGUCCCAUACACGCCGUGGUCUGCUGCCUCGCCAGCGGCGGCGGCGGGGUGCAGGACUCGUGGCGCGUGGACUACCGCGCCACGCUCCACACCCUCCAGGCCGCGCGCAGCCUCGGCGCCGCCCACUUCGUCUUCCUCUCCGCCGUCUGCGUAAAGAAUCCGCUCCUCGAGUUCCAGCGCGCCAAGCUCAAGUUCGAGGACAAGCUCGCCGCCAAGGCGGCCCGGGACCCGGCCUUCACCUACAGCGUCGUCCGCCCCACCGCCUUCUUCAAGAGCCAGGGCGGCCAGGUCGAAACCGUCAAGAAGGGCAAUCCCUACGUCAUGUUUGGCGACGGAAAGUUCUGCGCUUGCAAGCCUAUCUGCGAGGAGGAUCUCGCCUCCUUCAUCGCGGAUUGCAUCUUCGACCAGGAAAAGGCUAACAAGGUGCUUCCAAUUGGAGGGACGGGGAAGGCCCUCACGCCGCUGGACCAAGGGGAGAUGCUGUUCCGGCUGCCCGGGCGUGAACCCAGGUUCAUCAAGGUGCCCAUUCGGAUCAUGGAUGGUGUCAUCUGGGUGAUCGAUGGAUUGGCCAAGGUGUUCCCGGGGCUGGAGGAUGCCGCUGAGUUCGGCAAAAUUGGGAGGUACUAUGCGUCGGAGAGCACGCUAGUGCUCGAUCCCGAGACCGGGGAGUACAGCGACGAGAAGACGCCGAGUUAUGGCACAGACACGCUCGAGCAGUUCUUCGAUUAG